AUGGAGGCAGAGCGUCUCAUGGAAGAGGGCAGGACCAACGAGCAGCCGCACAUCGAGGAUCAGAAGUCGUUCUGCGAUCGCUGCGCUUUUUGCGUGGGCCCUCGAUACACAGCGGCACUGACAGACCACGAGCGCGAUGCAGUGUGGCACAUGCGACGCCAAGUGGUUAACAGCCCGAAACCAGAGGAGACUGAACUCCACAAGCAGGUGCUGGAGAUUUGGAACAAUGCCUUCCCAGAGGAAAAGGCAGAGGCCUUCGUGAAGGGACCUCACUGGAAGAAGCUGGGCUUUCAGGGUGUGGACCCUGCAACUGACGUUCGAACUGGUGCCUGGCCACUGGAACAGCUAGCAAGCUUUGCUCGACAUCGCCCGCGGGAACUGCAGGAGAUGGUUCAGCAAGCUGCAAGCCCAGCGUCAUUCUAUCUUUUUGCGAUCAGCUGCUUCAACAUUUCGCAUAUGUUGGGUGUGUUCUUUGACCUCCACACGUCCACGACGGUUUCACCUGUGGGGGCGGUCCGUCGGGCCAGCAAGCGACAGCUGAGAAAUCUGGCGAGACUCGUCGUCCGCGAAUGCAGCGCCAAUGAUGUUGACAUGUCCGCCAGCAUUUGUCGAUUGGUCUUGGACGAGGUCUUCGUGGAGGUGCUGGGCGUGGUCCACAAGCAUUGGAUUGAAAUGACAAGCCGAGGGGAGAAGGUAAACCUCAUGGAUUUCCCAAAGUCUCUACGCAAGGGUUUCGAUGCAAACUCGGCGUUCUUUGACAGGCCAUGCGACUCUCUGGGCGACCUGAAAAUGGCUUAG